AUGGAAAUAUCUCAAAAUGACUUGAACUAUGCACAGGAAUUCAUUAAACAGUUCUAUACCUUUGGUCAUGGUUCAAAAAGUCUCAUAGAAAGUAAGGACUCCUUAUCAAGAAAGAUUAAAGAAUUGCAAAAAUUCUAUGGACUGCAGGAAACAGGGGAACUAAACCAUGAAACGAUGGGAGUAAUGAAAGCACCUCGAUGUGGUUUUCCUGAUCUCGCUCACUAUCAACUCUAUCCGGGGAGACCUCGAUGGAUGAAGCCAUUUGUCACAUACAAUAUAGUGAACUAUCUACCUCAACUAAGCUACUUUGAGAUAGAAGAUGCCAUAUGGAGGGCUGUGAAUAUUUGGCAAAAAGUAACCCCACUGAAUUUUGUCAGAGUCCAUGAUAUGGAAGCUGAUAUCAUGAUUUCCUUUGAAGGACGUGUUCAUGGCGAUAGUUUUCCAUUUGAUGGACGUGGCGGGACUUUGGCUCAUGCAUUUUCACCUGGGCCAGGAAUUGGAGGGAACAUUCACUUUGAUCAGGAGGAGAAUUGGACAUUGGGUCGCUAUGGUGUCAACUUAUUUCAUGUUGCUGUCCAUGAAUUUGGUCAUGCACUGGGGCUUGGUCAUUCCAGGCAUCGCUCUUCUGUGAUGUAUCCCACAUAUAAAUACGAUUAUACACAAAUGUAUCACCAAGAAGCUCCAGAACCACUAAUAACAGAUAAGUGCGAUCCCUCCACAUCAUUUGAUGCUGCUACCAGUGCUUAUGGUGAAAUAUUGCUCUUCAAAAAUAAAUACUUUUGGCAGACACAGCCAGCCGUAGCAGGUGCCAAGUUGACUGCUAUUCAGGAUGUCUGGCUUGGCCUCCCUUCAAACAUUGACGCUGCUUGUGAAAUUCCUGAAGAUGAUAUUAUUUACUUUUUCAAAGAAUUUCCCCAUGCCUUCAGCAACAUUACCAAGGUCAAGGAAUGUGCAAAAAUAUGUUACAAUGAGAAAAUAAAGACUAUGGACUAUGGCUAUCCAAAACAGAUGAAUAGCAGCUGGCCAGGAAUCAAUGACAAAAUAGAUGCUGCCUUUCAGAUUAAUGCUCGUUUCCCUGGAGGUGGAGGGUUGUGGUUCCUCACCUACUACACUGGGAGAUGUUCUGAGCUGAGCAUACCCCAAGAGGGCUUGCUCUCCCCUCGCUGGGCUAAGACCCACCCGGAUCACACCAGGUUUCACCGCUGCUCUCAAGGCUUCAGCCCUGACCACUGCCAGCUGCUGCCUGCUGCAACGCCCACCCUUCACCAAUGGGGACUAAUCACGGACUCACUGCUGCCACCGUCUGGGCUCAUGCUGGGUCCCAGCUGCUGCCUCACAGCCUCCAAACGAGUAAACCAAUAUACAAAUAAAUUGCCAAACACCACUGUGAAUGAAAUUAUGCAGCGAGCUUUCCAACAUUGGAGUAAUGUUACUAACUUAUCAUUUACAAGGACAGAAACGCUUUCAGAUAUCGAAAUCAGCUUUGUUAUUGGAGACCACGGUGAUGGAGAUCCUUUUAAUGGACCAGGUGGUGUUCUGGCUCAUGCUUUUUCUCCUGGAUCAGGCAUUGGAGGUGAUGCUCAUUUCGAUGAUUCUGAGUCCUGGGUAACAGGAAGUGAGGGAAUCAACUUGGAGAUUGUUGCCACCCAUGAAUUUGGACACUCCCUGGGACUUGGACAUUCUGAAGUCCGAAGCGCUGUGAUGUUUCCCUUCUACUCUUUUAUGGAUCCAUUUCAGCUUGACACUGAUGAUAUUGAAGGAAUCCAGGUUUUAUACGGCGAGACUACAACCCAGGCAACAGGCGAGACUACAACCCAGGCAACAGGCGAGACUACAACUGACCAGCCACAGACGUGUGACCCAGAUCUGCUUGCAGAUGCUGUUCUUGUAACACGAAACGGAGUAAUUUUAUUCAAGAAUGGGUUCUUUCGGUUUUCACGUGGUUCGAGGAUUUGGCCAGUUAAUGGCACUUGGCCAGCUAUCAGGUCAAACAUUGAUGCUGCUGUCACUGUUCAAAUCGGCAGAAGGAGAUGCUUCAGAAACAGACAGAAUAUUAUUUUUUUUACAGGAUCUCAGUACUGGAAUUUUUGUAGGACUUUACUGAAGCCAGGAUUCCCAAGGAACAUCACUGAUUUUGGUUUUCCAAGUAACGUUACUAAAAUAGAUGCUGCAUUGAACAUUGGAAGAAAAAUACUGUUCUUUGUAGGAGAUCAAUUUUGGAGUUAUAACAUACGACGAAAACAAAUGAGCAGCAGGAGCCCGAGAUUAAUAAGUGACGUAUUUGAAGGAAUUUCCAAUGUUGAUGCAGCUCUUCAAACACGAAGGAGAUAUUUCCUCAUAACUGGAUCUUCUGUGCAUGUAUUCAACCAGUUUAAAAUGCUGACACGAAGCUUUGAACGACGACCAUGGCUAGGCUGUGAAUGGAGCUAUGGCCUUGGACCAUUGAUUAAAAGUAAACAUAGUAUUGACCCUCUUGGUACAUGGCACAUCGCUGGCACUGCCACUGUUGGACAACUCUUUGGCAGCCCUACACAUUGUCUGGUGCUGCUGCUGCUCUCUGCUGAGCAUGCAGAUAGUGUCCCAGACUGGCAACACCUGCCAGUGAACUCCUGCUCAAGGCUGAGCUCAUGUCUGGUCUCUGGCGGUUGUCUAAGUGCCAGUGACUUGGGGCAUUUCAUCCUCAGGCAGCUACUUUCAUCACCCAACAGCAUGAACCCCAGUGAGGCUUUGCCAAACCUUGAGGUUAACUUUCUCCUGCUCUAUGAUAUCUCGAGUGGCAGUGAGGCCAGCAAACACAGGCUUCUCUGUUGGUACUGGAUGGCAAAACCUAAAAUGAAGACAAUGUUACUUUAUCUUAUUGGCCUUGAAAUUGGCUUAGUACCCUUUUUGUCAGCUGCAUUUCUGUUGUCUUCAGCUCAGGCAUCUACAAGAGGUACUGAGGAAAUACACAAAAUGCAUCAUCUUAAAAUAACUCGAAACCUGGUCAAUGGGACAAUGGACUUACAUGAAGGCCCUCGAUGUGGUGUUACGGCCACCAAACACAUCAAAGUGAUUCCACAUCAACACAUAUUUCAAAAGCAUAACAUCACCUACAGGGUACAGGAGUAUACAACUGACUUACCACAGAAAGUUGUGGAUGAAGUUUUGCGACGAGCUUUUGAACUUUGGAGUAACGUCACUGCAUUGUCUUUUACAAAAACUACAUCCGUAGCAGAUAUUGAAAUUACCUUUGCUGCUCGAGAUCAUGGUGAUGAUUUUCCAUUUGAUGGGCAUGGUCAUAUUCUGGCUCAUGCCUUUCCCCCUGGACCAGGCCUUGGAGGUGAUGCUCAUUUUGAUGAGGAUGAAACCUGGGUAACAGGGAGUAAUGGAUCCAACUUGUUGAUUGUUGCUGCCCAUGAAAUUGGACACUGUCUGGGGCUCAAUCAUUCUGAGGAUAAAAAUGCUUUGAUGUAUCACAAAUAUAACUAUGCUGAUACACACGGGUACACGCUUGCAAGUGAUGAUGUGAAAAGAAUCCAGUCAUUAUACGGACCCCCAGUUAUGACCACACAAAUGUUUGGCCAGACUCCAACUGAGAAACAAAGACCAGGCGAUACUCCUACUUCAUCACCAGGCCCGACUAUAACUCAAACACCAGGCCCGACUCAGAAACGAAGACCAGGCCAGAUUCAGAAACAACGAUCAGGCCAGAAUCUGGAACGAAGACCAGGCCAGAAUCCGACUUCAUCACCAGGCCAGACUCAGAAGCAACGACCAGGCCCGACUCAGAAGCAACGACCAGGCCCGACUCAGAAACAAAGACGAGGCCAGACUCAGAAACAAAGACCAUGGCAGGCUCCUACUCAAAUACCAUGCCUGACUCAGAAACAACAACCAGGCCCGACUCAGAAACGAAGACCAGGUCAGACUCCCACUCAAACGCUAGUCCUGGCUGUAGAUCAAACACCAGGCCCAAUUCAGAAACAAGGACCAGGCCAGGCUCCUGCUUCAUUACCAGGCCCGACUCAGAAACAAAGACCAGACCAGGAUCCCACUCAAAAACCAGUCCCAACUGUAGCUCAAACACCAGGCCCAACACAGAAACGACCAGGCCAGAAUCCUACUCCAUCACCAGGUCAGAUGACAACCCAAACACCAGGCCCGAUUCAGAAACCAGGACCAGGCCAGAUUCCUCCUAUGGAAUCAUUGGUGUGUGAUCCAGAUGUGUUCAUGGAUGCAGCUGUUAAAAUAAACAGAUGUGUUUUUUUCUUCAAGAAUGGGUUCUACAAGACUGCACUGUCAUCAAGGAUAACUGCAGUUAACACCACGUGGCCGAGUAUCACAUCAAACAUUGAUGCUGCUGUUCAAUACGGCAGAAGAGGCCAAAGGAUAAAUGAUGUUGUUUUUUUCACAGGACAUCAAUACUGGCAUUUCACUGGGAUCGUUCUAAAACCAGGGUUCCCAAAGAACAUCUCUGAAUUUGGCUUUCCAGAUAGUGUUAUGCAAAUAGAUGCUGCAAUGCGAGUUAAAUUCAACUGGAUAAUGUUCUUUGUGGGAGAUCAGUACUGGAGCUACAAUUUAGAUAAAAAGCAAAUGAGCAGCGGAAGCCCAAGUUUAAUAACAGACACCUUUACAAACAUUUCAAAAGUGGACGCAGCUUUUGAGCAUUGUGGGACUUAUUAUCUCACAAGUGGACCUCUUAUAUACCGAUAUCUGGAGACAGAAUUGGUAGAAACUUCCAAACUAGAUGGGUGGAUGGAUUGUAUCUGUAGAAUGUCCAGGAAACUACAACCAAAGGGAAACCUCCAACACAUCUCCUCCUACAUCUCCAAGGAUGGGAUCACUGACCCCUGCCAGGGGGCACCAGAUGCUCAGUUUUCUGACCCACAGGCCACAAUCAGCGAGGAUGGCAAAACGAAGGAAAUGAUCAUCAACUUCAGAAAGAAAGGAGGAGGUCACGCUCCCAUCUACAUUAAUGGAAUGGAGGCUGAGAGAGUGCAGAGCAUCAAGUUCCUCAGGGUGACCAUAACCAACGACCCGUUCUGGAUUCCCUACGCAGAUGUUUUUAUUCACCCAUGGUGUCGCUUGAUGGCUAGUCUGAAGUUGCCCUCGAAGGCUCUUUUAGGGAGGGAGUUCCAGGAUUUUGACCCAACCACACUGGAGAAAUGGAAAUCUAUUCCCAAGUCAGGAUGUCGCAGACACAAAGAAACACUGAAGCAAACCCAUCACUCGCAGAAACAUUCCAGGCAAUCAAGGAACUGCACCAGCUACAAGAAUGGGAGAAGUGGAAAAAAUUUAUCAGGAAUCAACGUAGAGGUUGUUGCCAUCCUUGAAUUUGGACAUUCUUUGGUACUCGGACAUUCUAAUGAUGAAAAUGCUGUGAUGUUUCUCACAUAUUCUUUUGUGAAUCCAUUUAGUCUUUUGCCUGAUGCUAUUGCAAGAAUCCAGUUUUAUAUGAAAUAUCUCAAGACAUUUUACAACAUGACAGAGACAACUUUGAAAAAUAGCGACAACGGAUUAACCAGAAAGAUUGAAGAAAUGCAAGAAUUCUUCGGUCUGCAAGUCACUGGGACUCUGAACCGUGAAACGCUGGUGGAGAUGAACCGGGACCGCUGCGGAGUGCCUGAUGUACAGCCGUUCAGCUUCUUCCCAGGGACACCUCGGUGGCCCCGCAAUAGAAUCACAUACAGGAUUGAACGGUAUACAUCGCAACUGAGCCGACAAGAGGUAGACGCUGUCAUUUCCAUGGCUCUGAAAGUUUGGAGUGAUGUUACCCCCCUGACGUUUGUCAGGCUCGACACCCGACAGGCUGACAUCAACAUUUUGUUCGCACACCGCAGUCACGGGGACUUUAACGAUUUUGACGGACAGGGCGGUAUUUUAGCGCACGCUUUUGCUCCUGGAGCAAAUCUCGGCGGCGAUGCCCACUUUGAUGAAGGUGAAAGGUGGACGUUGUCAACAUUCGGAAUUAAUUUGUUCCUUGUCGCGGCCCAUGAAUUUGGUCACGCUCUCGGACUCGGUCACUCCGAUGAUAGAUCCGCCUUGAUGUUCCCCACCUACUCCUAUGUCAAUACCAAUGGCUAUCGUCUCCCUGACGACGACGUUAGGGGGAUCCAGGCUUUAUACGGAGCUCGCCAAGACCCAAGGCCAACACAACCACAGCCUAAACCACCUCGACCAACAAAAACUCCGGACAAGUGUGAUCCUCAAUUGUCAUUUGAUGCAGUUACUAGUUUACGUGGUGAACUUUGGUUCUUUAAGAAUGGAAACAUUUGGCGGAAGAGUUCUCGACGUCGUGAUGUAACAUCGGUUCCAAUCAAACGUAUUAAUCGAAACAUUCAAUCAGUAGAUGCUGCUGUUGAAUUCAAGGACAGAGAUGUGGUGGUGCUUUUCGAAGGAUCAAAUUACUGGCUAAUUCGACGCUUCAGGACUUUGGGACGUUAUCCCAGGAGUAUCAGAGUCUUUGGAUUUCCGAGAUAUGUUACACACGUAGAUGCUGCCCUAUACGUCAAGGAAAGAGGGAGAGUAUUAUUCUUUGUUGGAAAUGAGUAUUGGAGUUAUAAUUCAAGGAGAAGGCAAAUGGACAGAGGCUACCCAAGAAGAAUAGAAGAUGACUUUCCAGGUAUUGGAAACAAAGUAGAGUCAGCAUUUCAAAAUUAUGGCUACUUCUACUUAUCUAAUGGAGCUACACAGUAUGAAUAUGACUACAAGAACAAACGCACUGUCCGUAUUCUGAGACCAAAUGAUUGGCUCAACUGCACUUAGGAAAUAAUACGUAUUUUGUUUGAACAGUUAUCUGAUGAGUUUUCAUCAGAAUACUAUACUGUUUGAAAACAAUGGCACUUCAUUUUAGGUUACAAUUUGAAUAUUUUGUAAUAGCAUGAAAACAACAUUUAUUUUUAAUAAUUUAAAAACAAAUGGCAAAUAAAUGUAUCACACUUUAUACUUUUCACUUGAAAUUACUGUUGAAUAUUCUUUUCUGUGAAUCAUAAUGUACAUAACUAUAUAAUUCAAGAUUUGACACUUCUGCUCAAAAUGGCAAUGGAGUAGCAAUGCAGCCUGUGGGUCCUGAACCCAAAACUCAAUUGCUCCACAUGCUUUUAGUUUUCUUUGUUCCUUCUUUCAUAUUUUUAUAUUUAAAUCUUACUUGCUUGCCUUCUUACUUGCCUUCUGUGGAGAGCUUGGACAGCAUUUAGGUGUCCGGUGUGUUGGAGACAAAGUUUAUUCCCAGUGGCAAAAGGAGUUGAGUUUGUGCUCCUGGUCUUAGCAUUGGAGUGGAAGAGCCUGGCUCCAAGCCCAUGGCUAAGCAUUUAAGAAAGAUCAUAAAGUUGCCCUUUUAACUUUAUUUCCUUACUUUUCUACACUACACCGAAGACUGGAGAAUGGUGACUUUGAUCACUAAUCACUGUAAUCCUGUACCCCUGUACUUGAAUACAUGUGACAAUAAAACCUAAUUCUAAAUUCUAAUUCUACUUAAAAUAUGCAAGCUUAAUGAACAGAAAAUUGACGCAUAGUUACUAUUUUUGUACUGUAUUUGUUUAGUCUAUUACUAUAAUUUAGGAUUGGGUAAAUGUUUAAAUACUGCCUAUCAUCAUGAGCACUGUUUUAUAUAAUGUAAAAUCAACAUUUACUAAGAUAGCAAGAACUACAGAUGCUGGAGUCAGAGACAGCAAAAUGUGGAGCUGGAGGAACAGAGCAAGUCAGGCAGCAUCAGAGGAGCAGGAAAGUUGACAUUUCGGUUCGGGACCCGUCUUCAGAAUUCACAAAACAUAUACUGAGCUCUUUUUGUGAUAACUGUGAAUUAUAAUUGUAAUUCAUACUAAAAUAUCAAUUGAAUGUCUGUUUUGAUUGUAUGUCACUGAAGUGUUACAAAAUGGUCCUCUUAAGCUCUUCAAAUAACUUGUCACGAUUACAGGGGAUGUAUAAUAAUAUCAAUCACUAUUAAUCAAGAUAAACUGACUAUUCUGGAGAAAUUCAGCAAGUCUGGCAGCAUCAGUCUGUGUUUUAGAUCUCCACCAUCCACAGAAUUUUACUUUUGCUUUUAUUCAUUAAUUUGCUAAAUGAUCACUCACUAUCUGCACUUGACCUGAGAUUUGAUCAUUUGAAAAGGAGAUGUGGUUUAGCAAUAUUGCUGAAUUUUUAGCAAAUUUAGAGAUUAGGACACAUUAGAAUAUUUUCUGCUGGUAUGUUUCAUAUCUAUAGACAGGUUGAACCGAUUGAAUGCAAAAUCUUAGUUUUACCGAAACAUUUGUAUUGAAAUUAUAAUCACUGUGAUGAGAGAA